AUGGCUUCCCUCACUCUUCUUACAACCGCUCUCUUUGCGGCUUCAUCACUCGCGCUCCCUCAAGCAACAACCCCCGAGAACCAGAACCCAACAGUCACCAUCGAUAAUGGCGUUGUGAUCGGUACUACAACUUCCAUUCCGGACUACGAGACCAUCGUCGAACAGUUCCUCGGCAUCCCCUUUGGUGCAAACCCCAUCCGCUUCAGCGCCCCAGAACCAGCCAAGCCAUGGGACACUCCCUACGAUGCCUCCCGCUACCAGCCAUCCUGUUUCAUGCAGUUCAACUAUCCAGAGGCGAAGCGUAAUAGGACUAUCAAAACUUUUGCUACACCUGGGCCGCCUGCUGGAACCAGUGAAGAUUGUUUAAACCUCAACAUCUAUGCGCCUGCUGGUUCAAAUGCUGGUUCAAAGCCUGUUGCUUUUUGGAUUCAUGGUGGUAGCUUUCUUCAUGGAUCUGGGUCUCUGCCUUACUACGAUGGAUCCAAGAUGGCGGGACAUGAAGAUAUUAUUGUCGUUACGAUCAACUACCGAACCAAUAUCUUUGGCUUUCCUACGACUUAUGAUCUACCAGAAGGAGAAUGGAAUGUCGGCUUCCUUGAUCAGCGACUAGCCCUACAAUGGGUCCAAGACAACAUCGCCGCCUUCGGAGGAGAUCCCAAGAAAGUCACCAUCUUUGGAGAAAGUGCCGGCGCAGGAAGCGUUGACGACCUCAUCACCGCUCCUCCCAAACCUCUCCCUUUCCGAGCAGCUAUUCUUCAGUCUGGUACUGCCAAUACCAACGUCACACCCAGUGGCGCCUGGGAGCACGCUACCAAGUUGGCUAAAUGCGACAAGGGCAAAUUCGAUGAAGUGCUCGAGUGCAUGCGCAUUGUUCCCGCUACCAAACUGAAGGAUAUCAUCGAGAGAGCUGCGCUUGACUUCAAACCCAUUAGCGACAAAGGAGUAACCCUCGCAAACUUCCCUCGCGAUAUCAGACUCCAGUCCAGAAAAUACAACAAAAUCAUGGCACGAGUCCCUGUUAUGCUAGGCUCAACUGCUGAUGAAGCACGACUGGAAGACUUCAUGAACAUUACGAUCGAACAAGCUCUCAGUGCUUGGCUGCCAAAUAUCACCACCAAACAAGCCGAUUUACUCAAGAUGUACUAUCCCAUUGGUGGUCCCGGUAUAAGCAACGAGUUUGACCAAGUCGUCAGAAUCGCGACCGAACUCGGUAUGCAAUGUCCAAUUCGAUAUACCGCAGAGGACUUUCAUAGCACGGGUAUCAACACAUGGCGAUUCAUGUACAAUGCCAGUUUCCCGAACACAGAUAUCUUCAAUGGCAGUGGUGCUUAUCACUCUUCUGAGAUUCCAACUCUUUUUGGUACCUAUCCCGAAGAAGGGUCAACUGAGUUCCAGGGCAAGUUGAGCAGGGCGAUGCAGAGGGCUUGGGGACAGUUCAUCAGGGAUCCCCAGAGCGGCCCUGGCUGGGGUCAGAUUCCUCAUGUUGGUGUCUUUGGUGGGGGAGUGAGUCCCGAAAAGACAGGGAAGGUCUUUGAGGUUUUCAAUUCGACUCUUACAGAGAAGAGAUGCAUCGCAUUCAAGGAUCUGUUGUUAAAGGGAAAGACUGAGGAGUAA